CAUGAAGAACAUUCCGACAAAUUCUUCUAUACAAAGUUCUUUUAUUGAACUUGUUCGAAAAUUUUGCUCCAAGGUGUUUGCUGACGAGGACUGCCAUGUCCAAGGUCUUCUAGCUUUUACCCUACCAAAAGAAAGAGUCGUUCUGGUAAAUGUAUCACAGGAGAUAAAGAAUUUACAGACUCCCGUAUCGAACUUCUCCGAUAAGAUUCCGAUUAGCAACAUUACAAAAAUCGAACCUAAAACGAUUAAUCAACCGAUUAUCAUUCAUCCGAUUCCCGUUUUGGACAGCCUAUCCUCUUUACGUCUCCCAAGCUCAUCAUCUUCCAGCAUAUCAACAAAAUCCAAUGUUAUCGACUCGAUCCAACCUACCACAAAUUCUGUCAAGAAUAGACGAAAAGGACAGCCUAAGAGACGAAAAUCAAAUGAUUCACCGGCUGUGUUCGAAGUUCCAUCACAAGUUCCUCUGCAAAGUAGUUACAAUGCCAAAAGAACCAAAGUUGAGGCGGACAGCAAUGCCAUUGUGAGUAGAGAGAGUACUUCGGAUUCAGAUGGAUGGGACAAUAUUGAUUCAAGGAAGGAGGUUUCCGUAGAAGAUGAACUCUAUAAGAAAAUAACGAAAACAGACAGCAAUAGCAAUCUAAUCGCUUGGCCGAGCCCACAAAUCGACGAAUCAGAUGGGAGUUCGACGUUGAAUGAUUCGAACACUGAAUCAAUAUUUGCUCCAUCUCCUAAAAUGGAACCAAUUCUAAAUGAGAGAGGCCGAGUGGAAUGUCAAAUUUGCCAGAAGGAAUUAUACGAUAAAUCGUCGUUAAAUCAUCACAUGUUGAUUCAUAAAGGUAUAAAACCAUUCAAGUGCCCCAUUUGUCACACAACUUACAGACAAAAGAUAACUAUGCAGCGUCAUAUGGCUACUCAUUUUAAUGUGGAUAAAAAAGCUUGCGAAUUGUGCGGUUACAAGGACAAGUCCCAGAGAAAAGUGUUCAUGCACCGGGUGAAAGAACAUGGUCUUCCUAUAUCUGCAAAUACAUUUUCAGAUCCAAUGCCAGCAGAUACGGCCAUGACCGUGCGACAAACGACAUAUCCAGUAGCAAUGCCGGAAAAGUUAUCCUUACAGAUACGUUAUCCAGACGGUAGACACGAUAUCGAUAUCACUAUACCAGAUUACCCAGGUUCAGAAGAAAUGCGUAACAAGUUUGCAGAAAAAGAGUCCCAGGCAGAUGAAAGUGAUCCAGAACAGAUGGUCAUUGAUUUAAAAAAUUCAGAUCGCACACCACCAGCAAGGGUUCCCAUACGCAUGCAAACUAGAUCAGGAGAGAAAAAAAGCACUGGGUAA